AUGGAGGCCUUUGGUGAAUUGAUGGACCCAGAUGCUCUCAAAGAACUUCGGGAGAACAUCGCUAAGAAGGUCGCCAACAAGGAAGAGAUGACCGUUCCUCUUCACUUCCUCUACUGGAGCGAUGGCAGAGAAGACAAAGUCCCUGGACCAAAGUCUCAGAUGACACAACAAGACCCAGCCGAGUACCUCGAGAUGCUAAGCAAGAAAUACUACUACAAUGUCAACCUCGUCUUCACCAGUCUUCCUCGCAACUACACGGUCUGGAAGCAGAACCCUCCACGCGCCGAUCUCUACCUCUAUGGCCAUCCUCGCGGCAGAUUUCCUUCAACCGACCAAUUCACCUACCACGUCUGGAGCCUGCUGAACAACAAGGUCUCUGAGUGUGACUGCAGACUGUGCGAGGGCAACGUCAGAGGUCAGGCAAGGGCAAGGAUGAGGCCUAAGCACUAA